GGCCGAACUCGCCUCCACCGCCCGGGACUCCGCCCGCUCCAGGAAGCGCCAGGGAGCCCGCCCGCGGAACCCUCAGAGAGCCCGCCGCCAGCACCCCGCAGCCAGCGCUCCGUCCGGUGCCGGGGCAGCGGUCGCAGCAGCAGGUUUCUCCCGGGAGCGCGGCUGAGCGGUGCCGGCUGGCUGACCCGCAAUCAGGAGCCCAGGCUCUCAGCCUCCGCCGGCCCCGCUGACUUAGAAAGAAGUCGGGGCAGAAUCCGGGAUCCACUGCGGGCCUGGCAGAGACCGGACGGCCGCUCCGGAGCAUGUGCCAGCUGCUCCAGAUGCCAGACUAUGUUUAAACUUUUGGUUCUGCUCAGCAGUUUGCCUGCCAUUACCGUUGCGUUUCCUCCCUGCCCAAGAAGUCCUCAGGAGUCUACACAUGCUGGAAAAGACGUCUUUACAUCAAAAAAAGAAGCCAGCGUCUUCAUCCAUAGACGUCUCCUCCACAAUAGAUUUGACUUGGAACUCUUCACUCCUGGAGAUCUAGAAAGAGAGUGUCAUGAGGAACUGUGCAACUAUGAGGAGGCCAGGGAGAUCUUUGGGGAUGACGACAAAACGAUGGCAUUUUGGAAGGAUUAUUCAGUUCGAGGACCAAGCACAAGAUCAGAUGGUGAGAGAGAGAAGAUCGAUGUUAUGGGACUUCUGACUGGAUUAAUUGUAGCUGGAGUGUUCUUGGUUAUCACUGGAUUACUUGGUUAUUAUUUCUGCAUCACCAAGUGCACAAGAAGAAGACAGCCAUGUUCCUCAGCUGUCUAUGUAAGAACGGGUCGACACCAUCCAACUAUUAUUUUUAGAAGACAUGAGGAAUCUGCCUUAACCCCGUCACCUCUUCCCCCAGAGGAUUCAGGACUGCCUUCUUAUGAACAAGCUGUGGCACUGACUGGAAAAUAUGAUGUUCCACCUCCUCCAUAUCCUGGACCAGCAAGAGGGUUUAAGGUGUUUAAAAAGUCUAUGUCACUACCUUCCAACUAAAUCCCAUGUCAAUUUGAGAAAUGGAUGUUUAUUCAAAGAAGGAGCCAUGACUCAGUUCUCCAGUAGCUUAAAGGGCUGGCCAUUCCACUCCUGUAAAGGUAUUAAGAUGCCUGGUUGUUUACUCCAGAUAUCUGGACUUUUACUCUGACAUCAGAAUAAUGAGGAAAUGGGCUUCAUUUUGUGUGGAUAUGUGUGUGUAGGUAGGAGGCAAGCACUGAUUUAAAUUUAGGAGUAUUCAGAUCAUUAGCCCUAAUCAGCUAUAUUAGGCAAAAGAUUACUAAUUAUAGUGUUCUGAAGGAAAAGCCACAUAUCCACUAUAACAGAAAGGGUUCUAGAUUGGUUGUGUUGAGAAUUGAAUUAAUGUUAAUACGAGAAUUUUUUAUUCUGAGGCAUCUUGCGUCGAGAUACUAAAUAUUUUGUCCCCUGUUGAUUUUAACCAUCCAGCAAAAGAAACCUUGUGAAAAGUUUUUAAAUCUCAUGAUGAAUCAGUGGUCUUUAAAACAUAAAAAGGAAUCCUGAUGCUUAUUGUAUAUAAAAUAGCACAUAAUAUUCCUUACAGGUAUUUGUACUUAAAGAUUAUGUCCAGUUAUACAAUAGUGGGAAAAUACCUUCAUUUUGAUCCAAUGGAUGCUGCCAUUAGAGCUUGGGGGUCAGAGGUACAGUGACACAAAGUUGCAGAUUAUAAAUCUAAUUCUUUCAUAUCACCAAAAGUGUUUCUAGGACCUAGAAUCUCUAGAUUCUGUGUGAAUCUGCCCAUCCCACGAGGAAAUAGUUGAAUUCCAUCUGUAUAACUAAUAUGUUUGGUUCAUAUGAGAUUACUCAGGUUGGAAGUUUUGUUCUAACUUAUAACUAAGUUUAAUCAGGAAAUGAUAAUUUAUUUAUCCUCUUAUUAUCUACAUUCUAGUUAAAGAUGUAUAUGAUUUUGUCACCAGUGAUCCUUUGCAUCUCUGGGAUAUGUUUUCUCAGACAUUAAAGCACACUUAAAAUGAUCACUCAACCCAAAUUCCCUAAAUAUCCUCUCUUCUACUGUCAUUCUUUCUUUAAAAACUUAAAUGAACUUGAACUUUCUAUUUAUAGAUGUAUAGAUGUACAUAUUUUUUCCCCCUGUGGGGUGAGAUCAAACAAUACCAUAUCCCUGAGAUGGGAAAUAGAAAAUUCUAUUCCUUAAAUAUUUGUCAAUUAUUACAUUAUUUUUUUUUGUUUUAUAUGAUAAUUUACAGGGUUGUUUUUUAAGGGGGGAGGCUAGAAUUAAUUUGUCAAUUUGAUGAUAUGUGCUAAACCAAAGUGGUACUGUUGGUUUAGAUAAUAUAAAUCACACACCUAAGUUGGAGGGGUUUAUAUUCUUGGAUAGUAAGAUCUUAUUCAACACAGGCAAAAAUAAGAUCUUUGCCACUCUAAACUUCUCAAGGUUUUGUACUCUAGGCAUGUUUUUUUCAUAGUCCCUUCCAUUUUUUGGCCCAUUUGUCACUAACCUAGUUACAAAUUCACAGACUGUCAGAGGUACAUGUUUCACAUCCUCAUUGUACAGAAGAGGAAAAACAAGACCCAUAGUGGGGAAAGCACUUGCCUAAUACCAUCCAAUUCAUAAGUGGAAGAAUCAGAAACUUCACAUUUAAUUUGAAAAAGUAGCCUUUUCUUUUAACUACACAUUACUACCUACCAAAAAAUACUAUAAAUAAUUAUGCACUAAUUUUACAUAACACUUCUUCUUGAAUUAUUAUAAAUACUUUUUCUAGUAUAAAGACUUCAUUUCUCUCCCACAACCUGUUUUCUGCCUUUGACAAUGGAUAAUCUAACAGAUAUCCUUCAGGGAGACCAAAAUUUCCCAGGGAGUUCAGGACAGGACUGAAAUAGAAAUUUUUCUUCAAACCCCGAAUUGGCUCACAAGAUCACACAUUACCUAAUGAUAUGUUAGUCAAAAUUUGUCUUUAUUUAAAAUUGAUGAUUGAAAUGUGCCUUUCUCCUAAAUGACAGUAGGAGUUUUUCUUCUGAAAUGUUGUGAGUCCUGCCCAUUGACACACAAGCUACAUCCAAAUUAGCUUCAGAGCCUCUGACUCCCUCCUUGCUAUAUGGCACUUAUCAUUAAUCAUAAAACUUUAAUAUGAAAUGAAUUAAUCUCUGAUUCAUCUUCAGAGAAACUGUGAAAUCCAUGGUGUUUGUAGAGUAUCUCUACAAUUCAUGAUAAGAGGGAAGACUCUAAUUGACAAAUGGCUUUAUUAAAUGCAACAUUUCAAUAUUAACUUAUUAUAAUUUUUAAAGUUGUAUCCUAUUACUUAUUUUUAUUCCUUUUUUUUGUCGUUUAGUAUUUACUAUGAGAUCUCUAUUGUUUCAAAAUGCUAUCACCUCGCGUUCCACUGAGCACAAAGUUUCCCAGAUAAUUAGACUAGGGUUGGGUUUUUUGUUUUGUGUUUCAUUUUAAAUUAGAGAUUGGAUGGAAUGGAGGCUUUCUUUUCAUUUGGUUUGAAAGAAGCUGGCUAAUAAAUCAUGACAGCUUCAGUGUGGUGAUUCUGUUGGGCCAACCAAGUCCAGGAGAUAAGUGAUUCACUUUUACAAAGAAUAUCUCUUAAAAAAAAAAAAAAAGAAUUCUAUCUGUGGUGUUUUGAUUCUUUCCAGAUGUCUGUAAAUUUAUAAUAGAGAGUAUAAGAAACUCAAGUUUAUUUUUAAAAGUUUAAAUAAUAAACUAUUGUAUCUUCAUUUGCCAUUAUGGUCUAAAAUAAACUACCAUUUUAUAUGGGGAUAGUGGUAGGGGAAAGGAUCUUAUCCCUUACCUCGGGUAACUUGCGGCAAUGUAUUCCCCACCAAUAAAUUAUGAAUGUGUAUGAAUGUAUCAAAUUGUUUAUGGUCCUAGGUGACACACUAGCAAAACUAAAAACAGUAACAUCUUAAAUUGUUCCUCAAAACUCGUUUCCAGAAUUGAAUUCUAGCACAUUCUUGCAUUUUUAACAUAGGGCAUUAAUUUCUAGGAUAAAAAAGACAGCAAAAAAACCUCACAUCCAUGACUGUUUUUAUAUCUUCAUUGAAUAUGAACUCAUCUAUUGUACUACGCCAUUAAUUGAAUAUGAAAAAUUUAGAAAUAUUUGUUUAUAUAUAUAUAUAUAUAUAUAUAUGUGUGUGUGUAUAUAAAACUGUGUAUAAAUAUAUGUGCAGUUGAUUUAUUUUCUCUGGAGUGUUUGUCAUUUCUGUGGAUAAAAAUCUUCCUGACAUUUGGCUAAGUUAGAUGGUAUGAUCUAGAUGCUUCUGAAUGAAUGGGCCAAAACCCAUCUCUUCUGCGCACUAAGUCAGCCAGUCAGAUAACAUUUUAAGUGGCUACCAUGUACAAAACCUUGGAUCAGACAGUUCUGUUGGAUGACAGAGCUUCCAUUAUAACAGACAGUGACUAAACUGUCAUAAUAUGAAACAAUAGAGAUAAAGAUAGGACCUGUAAUUUCAUUGAUAAGAAAGAAUUCCCACAUGAGGAAGAAUAGGAAAUGGUAGUUUUAUAAAAAAUGGAUAAGGUGAUAGUGGGAGAUCUGUGAGCUAAUAAUUACAAUGAAUUUUUUAAAUUUCAAGAAGGUUUAUUUUUCAAAUAUGACCCAAAAAUGUUCCAGAAAUUGUGGGUACUACAUAUUUAGAUACUUUAAUGAGGACAUUGAGUAAUGCUCGUAUUACAGGUCACUCAUGUCAAUAGAAAAUUGAAGACUGACCUUAGUUAUUGACUCUACCUCCUGUGUUCCCAGGAGAGUCAAUUAUUCCUCGGGCAGGAUUUUGUUCCUACUUUUCAGUGUGUCUAUUAUUAGAAGAGAGAAGAAUCUAGGAUGGGGGAAGGGAAGAUACUAAGGAUGAAAAAGGUUAGCUUUCAGUGACAAUUACAUUCAGGUUUUUAAAGUUAGACAUUACCAUUGCUGGGCAUUUCUCAAAAUCAGCCUCAGGUUCCAAAGAUUUCAUUCAGGAGAAAGCAAGGGGGAGAAGCUUUAAGAUCAUGUACUUAAACAUAGAAUUUGCAAAAUGGCAACAAAUCACCCACUGUGCACAGAAUUAGUUAUUAGUAAAAAUAUUUUAGUUCUGAACUCAUUGAGAAUGGAUUCAUUUCCCAUGUUUUCUAUUCAGUUGCACUUUAAAAGGCUGAGUUUCCACAUUAGUGUAACCUGAUACUGUAGAGAUUUAAAAUUUUCUGAUCAGUUAAAAACAUUUCUCUUUGGUUAUGUGAGGCAAUCUGCCCAAUGUGUACUGGUAUUUUUAUCCAUUAGAACAAUCAACUUUUUUUUUUUUUAAAAAGCACAUCUUCCCUAAAAUCUUCAAUGUAUCAUAAAUCAUCAUUUAUUAUUAUGUACAUUUUUAUAAUAUAAAUUGUAUAAUAAACUUGAUUUAUA